AUGCGACAACGGUUCGGUAUCUCGUCAUUGAGAGGCUAUGCCACAAAGUUGGUAUGGCUCUCGCAUAAUAAGGGAGCCCCUGAUUCCUCAAAUAUAAAUGCCAUAUUUGCUUCAAAAUCGAUAAGUUCAUCUUUGGCCGAAGGAAUCGCACUCUUUGAUUCUCCAGAAUCCUUAUCCAAAUUCAAGGAAAACAGCAAGGAUCUCGGCAAUCAUUUGAGAAAAAUUCAUUAUUCGAUUAGUGGCGAAGGACAAUCUCUGCCUGAACCCCUUUCUGAAUCAUUGUCCUCUUUAAUAAGCCGAUUGGGAGAUGUCACACAUUUUAUUGCCUCAAACUCGUCCAUCACUCGUUCGUUCGUUCCUCGUCUUGCUGCAAUGAUCGACAUAGCCCCGGUCACAGAUGUGAUUAAGAUCGAAUCGGAUAAUGUCUUUGUGAGGCCCAUUUUCGCAGGUGAUUUCUUGGUGCCUUUAUAUUGCAUAGGAAAUGCCUUUUGUAAAGUGCGCUCUUUGGAUCCUAUUAAAUUAAUCACAAUAAGAUCUUCUUCUUUUCCAGAUUUUCGCUCUGUUUUAUUAAGCAAAAAAUCUAAUUGCGAUCCUGCAUCCAAGAAAAGACCCGAGUUGGCAGAUGCAAAAAUAGUUGUGUCUGGCGGCAGGGCUCUAGGCUCAGCACAGCUCUUUCAAGAAGUUAUUUUCGAAUUAGCCGACGCUUUGGGCGGUGCAAUUGGUGCCUCCAGAGCGGCCGUCGAUAGCGGGUUUAUUGCCAACGAACACCAGGUCGGACAAACUGGCAAGAUUGUGGCCCCAGAUCUUUACAUUGCCGUCGGGAUUUCGGGAGCCAUUCAACAUGUAGCUGGAAUGAAAGACAGCAAAGUGAUUGUCUCCAUUAAUAAGGAUCCAGAGGCCUCAAUAUUUUCAAUAUCUGACUACUGGCUCGUGGGCGAUAUCUUUAAGCUUGUACCUGAGCUAUCUGCAUCCAUUAGGGCCAAGAGCGGGCCCAAAUAG